AUGUCAUAUUUGGAUAAUGCCACAUCAUCAAGCUACGCUGAAACAGAACCCAUAGAGAUCCCAAUCGCUAGGGAUGGAACUGGUCCAUUUUCUUCCUCUUUGCAGGAGUCUCAUAACAAUUCAGAUACGAUUACCACGUCUACUAGGCUGAUAGACUCCUCGAAUUCUAGCAUCGAUCAUUAUGGAUCUACGGGGCUAACGCCGCAAGAGAUAAGCCAUAAUGCACCACACGCGUAUUUCGACAGUGGAGACAGUAGUUACAUAAAACAUACAAGUGGUAAUUCUGGCUUUCUCGACUCUUCAAGUGGUAUAAGUAGUUCUGUUGAAUCCGGACCUAACCUUCGACGUAGGAGCAUGUCUACUUCUUUCCAAAACACAUCGGACCACAAAAAUAGCUUACAUGUGCAAACACAGGCGGCGGUACCGGUCCAGGUACCUGUUCCUGUGAAGAGCGUAUCAGAACUGCGUUCGAAUGGCGUUACGAGAUCCCAUUCUGUUCCUCCACAGUACGUCGAUGGCAGGAGCGAAAAUGAAAGCAAGAAUAAAAGCAGUAGCACCAAGACCCACUCAACGCCAGAUACCGCGAAAAGUGCAAAUGAGGGGUCAGGUGCAGGGUCUCAUCAUAUGGACAUUGCAACAUUCCCAACGGACGAACUUUUAGAUAUGUUGACGAAACUUCUAACAAAGAUUAUAAACUCAAACGACGCUCUGGGCUCUGUUUCUAGCAUGGACAAUCCAAACCUGCAGGGGAAAAAUAUACCACUAUUGAGAGAGAUUCUAAGCUUUAGGGGCAAACAAGUCCCAGGAAUCACAUUGAAGCAGUAUUUCCAAAGGAUACAGAAGUACUGUCCAACUACAAACGACGUAUUGCUUUCCCUCUUGGUUCACUUCGAUAGGAUUGCGAAAAAAUGCAAUAGUAUCGCACAAGAAUACAUGACUCCGUCACCUGCCUUGAAAACAGCAGGAGACGGUGAGGCGCCCGCGCCCGCGCCACCGCAGCAAUUGUUCGUCAUGGACUCUCAUAAUAUUCACAGACUAAUCAUUGCUGCAAUAACGGUCAGCACCAAAUUCAUUAGUGAUUUUUUUUACAGCAAUUCGCGGUAUGCGAGGGUAGGCGGUAUUUCGCUUCAAGAAUUGAACCAUUUGGAACUCCAAUUCUUGAUACUCUGCGAUUUCAGGUUGAUAAUUAGCGUCGAGGAACUACAGAGAUACGCAGACUUAUUAUACAAGUUUUGGGAUAAAGAAACAAGCGCUGGACAGGCGUUGGAGUCGAAUAAGACCCAACCAAUAGCGUUAUGA